AACAAAUAAUUAACCUUAGCGUGGGGUUUUCCUUUGGCAGAGAUCGUCUUUAUGUUGUACCACUUUGACACUCCGCGCAAACUAUUCUGCACUGAAUGACGAAGAGGAACCUUCUCAGAUCCGGGUUGAGUGAAGUUAUGCCUUGUCCAGCUGGAGGAUAAGCUACGUGUAAUUUCUAAGCAAAAAUGGCUGAUAGAAGGGGUAGUAACGCUCCCAAUUCAAACGCAAAUUUACUGUUCUCUGCGGCACCUGAGUUCAAUUUUAACCUGCCUUUCAUACCUGUCAGUCAAGCCUCUGGUCCUGCGGUGUUAUCGGGAGAUGACUCCACUGACGUUGGUGAGGAAGACAGCUUCUUGGGCCAGACCUCCAGCACAGCCCCACAACCCUCCACAUUCAGCUACUUCUCCAGUUCGACCACCAGCAGCGACCCUUUCGCCUCCAUCGGGCACCAGCCAUGCCCGCCCCCAGCCCCCACUGUCGCCCCCAUGACCUCUGGCCCCUCGCUGGUCUCCAGCCCUGCCGCUGCCACGUUGGCUGCGGGCCCCACAUUACCCCUCUCCAGCACAGCCGCAGCUCCGCAGUUCAACAGUGCAGUUUACCAAAGCCCCAUGGGCCAGUUUACUCCCCCUCCCACCAUGGGAGCUCCCCCACCUCCCCAGGCCUCCCAGCAGUCCUACAACCCCUAUCGUCACACGCCUCUGAGCAGCAGGGCCAACCCCUAUAUCCCGGCCCCGGAAGUCCUGCAGCAGAUUCCCCCACAGAACACCAACCCUUACACACAGGGACCUCCUGCUCAGACAUUCCAGAUGGGACCUUCUGCAUUCGCAACGCCCCCUCCUCCUCCUCCUCCUCCUACCACGCAGAGUCCAAUGCCCCCCAUGGGGCCCAGUAUGGCUGGACCUCUGGUCCCGGCCAACCCUAUGAUGCCGUACAACUACAACGUCUACGAGCCUGUGCAGCUCCACUGGUUCUACUGCAAGCAAGUGGAGUCCAAGAAGGUCUGGCUCCCCUUAAGUAUCCUGGACUCUCUUCGCUUGGAGGAGACCUUUAAUUCAGUCCAACCAGACCCAGAGAAUGUGAUUGUGUCCACGGAUGGCGGCCGCUAUGACGUCCAGCUGUAUGACCGGAUGCGCACGGCGGUGUAUUGGGAGGAGGAGCCAACAGAGGUGCGACGCUGCAGCUGGUUCUACAAAGGAGACACAGACAGCCGCUUCAUUCCAUACUCAGAGGAGUUCAGCGAGAAACUGGAGGCUGAAUAUAAAAAAGCUGUAUCCACUAAUCAGUGGCAUCGGAGACUGGAAUUCCCAUCUGGAGAAACUAUCGUCAUGCAUAAUCCAAAGGUGAUUGUUCAGUUCCAGCCGUCUGCCAUGCCAGAUGAAUGGGGCACCACCCAAGAUGGGCAGACGAGACCCAGAGUGGUCAAGAGGGGGGUAGAUGAUGACCAUGAUGAAGUCCCUGAUGGAGAAAUGCCGCAGGUUGACCAUCUGGUGUUUAUGGUACAUGGGAUUGGCCCAGUGUGUGACCUGAGGUUCAGGAGCAUGGUGGAGUGUGUGGACGACUUCCGCAGCGUGUCCUUGAAGCUCCUGCAGAGUCACUUUAAGAAGCCCCAGGAUGAGCGGGUCAUCAGCAGGGUGGAGUUCCUGCCUGUGCAGUGGCACACAGCCCUGCAUGGUGAUGCCACCGGAGUGGACAGGCGGAUAAAGAAGAUCACUCUACCCAGCACAGGUCGUUUACGCCAUUUCACUAACGAGACCCUCCUAGAUGUCCUCUUCUACAAUAGCCCCACAUACUGCCAGACUAUCAUGGACACAGUUGCCAAGGAGAUCAAUCGCAUCUACGCUCUUUUCAUGGAAAGGAAUCCUGACUUUAAAGGCGGUAUAUCUGUGUCUGGACACAGUUUAGGUUCUCUCAUUCUUUUUGACCUGCUAUCAAAUCAGAAGACAGGCUCUCCUUCUGGUACCCCAACGGCCAAUGGCAGUACUUCGCCUGAUGCCAAACAGCAGAUCAGCACACCAGUCAGUGAGGAGAACAAUGCUCCAAGUCAGGCGGUGUGUGAGGAGGAAUCGAAGGAGGAUGGAGAGGAGUUUGCAGACCUAUCAGCUGUUCUGGAGCACCUGGGUCUCUCAGAAUACCAGAGCACAUUUGAGCAGGAGAAGAUUGAUAUAGAAUCUUUUCUGAUGUGCACAGUUGAGGAUUUAAAAGAGAUGGGCAUUCCCCUGGGGCCACGCAAGAAGUUUGCCAAGUUUGUCAAAGAAAGGGCAAGCAAGCAGGCGGCAGCAGCAGAAAAGCCAGCCAUAAAGGACGUGGUUAAAGAGGCUCCUCCACCUCAGAAUGCAGAGCCUGUCCCAACCCCAGUCUCUAGCAAACCUCCUGUUGGAAGAACCAUGUCCUCCAUCCAUGUGGAUUACAACUACUUUGAGAUUGGUACUGGACAGGUGUCUGUAAUCUAUCACGCGCUGGACUUUGAGCCUUCUAAUUUCUUUGCCCUGGGCUCCCCUAUCGGCAUGUUCCUCACAGUAAGAGGUCUGGAGAGAAUUGAAGAGACUUAUCAACUGCCUACCUGCAAGAGAUUCUUCAAUAUUUACCAUCCAUUGGACCCUGUCGCCUACCGCAUUGAGCCCAUGAUUCUGCCAGACCUGGACCUCAAGCCUAUUCUGGUCCCCCACCACAAGGGCCGAAAGAGAUUACAUCUGGAGCUGAAGGAGAGUCUGACGCGGAUGGGCUCGGACCUGAAGCACAGCGUCAUCAGCUCCCUGAGGAGCGCCUGGCAGACGCUCAACGACUUUGCGCGAGCUCACACCUCCAACACCCAGCUACAGGCCGAACUGGCCAUCGUGGCCAACCAGAUCCAGGAGGAGGAGCAGAAGCAACUGCAAGGAGAGGAAGGAGAAAUGGGCAAGAUGGUGGACAGCCCUGAGCAGAAGGAGGAUUACCUGUCCGUUAAGAUUGGAAUGCUGAAUGGAGGAAACCGUAUUGACUAUGUCCUGCAAGAGAAACCCAUAGAGAGCUUCAAUGAAUACCUCUUUGCUCUUCAAAGCCAUCUGUGCUACUGGGAGUCUGAGGACACAGCCCUGCUAAUCCUGAAGGAGAUCUACAAAACCAUGGGUAUACAUCCAGAACAGAUUAUCCAUUGAUGAAGUGCAAUACAUAAAACCACACAGACCUUUAUUUUGAAACAUUCAAAACUGCAGUAGAUUCUAGUCAAUACCUGUCAUUGUAGUUGGUGGAUUCAUUAUACAGGAAAGUGUCUUUGUUUAGGUUUUUCUUUUUUUCUACUGUAGUAUUGUAAAAACAGAUACACGUGUAUUAUGCCAUAUGUCUUAAAUUAAGAAAAGAUACUUAGUGGAUUUCAAGGCCACAUUGUUUUAAAAUGAUUUUUUAGAGUAAAUACAACUGCAGUUGAAAUUCCCAUGAAGUUGAUCAAUUACGUGGGGAAAAUGGAGCCGCAAUUAAUGUGAAAGUACCCAACGGUCCAGGCAAGAGUGACAUUAUUACAUUAUUAACAAGUCAUAAAAUAAAAAAGCAAAGGCGUUUAUGAUUAACACA